AGAAUCAGACUGUUUGGCCGCCUUCGAAAGAAUACUUCUCGGCACUGUGAAAGUUCGGGGAUUUCCGACCGGAGUUUUGAGCGCAUACGAUGGAUACGGAGAGGUCCGAGACCCCUGAUCGACUCUCUGACGCGGACGACUACGACAAAGAAGACGACAAGGAGGAGGAUCCCCCAGCAUCGACCGAGGCCAAGAAUGAACCCGACCGUCAGCAGCAAAGAGACAGCAAAGAAGUCGAUGACAUAAUCACUCCCGAUUCCCCGGCGCACAACUCUCAGCCUGAAGAGCCCGAUGAUGAGCCGCAGCCAUCUACCAGUAUUGUGCCCCCUCCCCCGCCUAAAACUCGGGAAGAGAUCGAGCAAGAAGAACGGGAGAAGAUGAGGGUGCUGGUGUCUUCUUUUUCGGAGGAUCAACUGAAUCGCUACGAGAUGUACAGGAGAGCUGCAUUCCCUAAAGCCGCGAUCAAACGUCUAGUGCAAUCAAUAGCCGGCUGCUCCGUUUCACAGAAUGUAGUCAUUGCGAUCUCUGGUAUCGCGAAAGUCUUCGUCGGUGAGGUCGUGGAGAAAGCACUAGACUGCAUGGAACACAACGAAGAUGGUGAUCUCAAAGGACCUAUUGAGCCGAAACACAUAAGGGAAGCCGUGCGGCGGCUCCGGAGCGCUCAGAACAUGCCGAAACGUGUACGUCCGAAUCCUUAUUUCCGAUGACGAGAGGCGCCCAGGAAUAUGAUUUUGUGCUCAUCGAUGUGAUUCCACAUCAGGAGAUCGUUGCGCCAGGAUAUCUCGACCGUCCUGUGUACAGCUUGUGUACCAUAUUCUCUUGAAUCAUCUGCGUCCGUCAUCGAGAAUGAUUAGCGAUGGGGGGCUAUCAGAAAAAUAAUGUUCUGAAACACCUGUAUGUAUAUGAUGAAACCCUGGGGGGCGAUUUAUUGUCAUGCACAUAGGUUUCUC